AUGGCGACGCCUGCUAUAGAUCCUACCUCCGGGACUUCUGCUCUUACCCAGCCAGAAGCGCCACUCGCCUCAGCGAACCUCUCCCCAGCAUUCGAUCCACAAAAGGUCACUGUCGUGUAUGUACUGGGAGGUCCUGGAGCCGGCAAAGGUACACAGUCCGCCAAUCUAGUCCGAGAUUACGGUUUUAUACAUCUCUCCGCGGGCGACUUGUUGAGAGAAGAGCAGAACAACGAGGGUAGUGAAUAUGGCCAAUUGAUCAAAGACUAUAUCAAAGAGGGCCUCAUCGUCCCAAUGGAGGUCACGGUCAAGCUACUGGAAAAUGCCAUGCGCUCAAAACUUGGGAGCGAUGGGACUGGGAAAUUCUUGAUUGAUGGGUUCCCCAGAAAGAUGGACCAAGCCAUUUUCUUCGAAGAGUCGGUCUGUCCCUCGAAGUGCACGUUGUUUCUCGACUGCCCCGAAGAGGUCAUGAGAGAACGAUUAUUGAACAGAGGAAAGACGAGCGGCCGGGCGGACGACAAUGAGGAAAGCAUAGUCAAGAGAUUCCGGACCUUUCUCGAGACGAGUCUGCCGGUAGUGGACAUGUUCGAAAAAGAGGGCAGAGUCGUUAAAGUUUCCUCAGUUGGGAAGGUCACGGAUGUCUACGACAGGGUGGUGAAAGGUCUAGGACAGAUGGGAAUCCAUCCUUCGAAAUGA